GUUUGCUGGAUCAGAGCAAUAGCACUAGAUACCCAAUGAACAGAAAGAGAUGAUGAACGUGUUCUAAGGGGACCAAAUAUGAUAUUUUCAAGACUUCCUAAAGGUUCAUUAAAUGGCUAUAUCGAUCGCAACCUCUCACUUUCCUCAACCAUCAACUGGCCAUUUAUGAGCAAGGCAACAAGAAAAGAAAAGGAUUUUGAAGAAGCACUUCUUCAUGAUAAAGAAUCCACCAUUCAAGUUGGAACAUGCUGUCCCUGUCCCAGACUCCCUUUCAAAACAGCCUCAUCCCAAUCUUAAACUAUUCUCGCUCACUGAAGGUUCUGCCUGUUUUCCAUUUUCUUUUUUACAAUCCAAAAAAGAGUGAAUUUAAAAUUAUGAAAUUCAGAGGAGUUAUUUUGUUUUCCAUUUUACUCUUUUCGUCUAUAAAUCUCUCGUUCCUCUUCCUCGUCUUCUGUCCUGUGAGUGGCAAAGCUUCCUCCCUCUUCUCAUAUACAGUGGACUCGAGAUCAUGGAAGGCAGUUCCUCGAUCAGCCUAAAGAGAACCUACAGAUUGUUCGUCAGCACUUGGAAUGUCGGAGGUCUGCUCCCAUCAGACGAUGCCGAGUUAGAGGAAUGGCUGGACAUCAAGAACGGCCACUAUGACAUCUAUAUUCUCGGAUUUCAAGAGGUCGUGCCACUUAAUGCGAGGAACGUGUUGGGCCCGAAGAACAGGAGGGUCCUCGAGAGGUGGAGCUCGCUCAUAAGGAAGUCACUGAACAAGCUCCCAUCGUCCAAGCUACAUGAAGGGAAGCAAAAGGUGCACCCAAUGAAGGAAGAAGAAGAAGAAGAAAAAGAAGGCGGCCACGCACAAGAAUUCGAGUGUGUGGCGAGCAAGCAGAUGGUAGGGAUUCUCGUGUCGGUGUGGGCGAGAAGUGACCUCCGGCGAUGCAUUAGUCACCGGAGCAUUGCCUGCGUCGGCUGCGGAGUCAUGGGAUGCCUCGGAAACAAGGGAUCGGUCUCGAUUAGAUUCUUGCUGCACGAGACGAGUUUCUGCUUCGCUUGCUGCCACUUCGCCUCGGGAGGCAAAGAAGGGGACGAGGUGAAGAGGAACACGAACGCCAUGGAGAUCCUCUCGAGGACCACCUUCCCCUCCUCUCCUCCUCCUCCUCUCGACUUGCCACAGAAGAUUACUGAUCAUGACCGAGUGUUCUUGUUUGGUGACUUGAACUAUCGAAUCUCCUUGCCUAAUGCCUCCACGAGAUCCUUAAUGGAGCAAAAUCGUUGGAGCAUUUUGUUGCAGAAGGAUCAGCUAAGAAUGGAGUUCUCCAAGGGGAAGUUGUUUGAAGAUUGGCAAGAAGGCGCCAUAACGUUCUUCCCCACCUACAAAUAUUAUUUGAACUCCGAUAAAUAUUACGGAUGCGUUCCAACUCAAAAAAGCGGGAAGAGUCGAGCCCCGGCCUGGUGUGAUAGAAUUCUAUGGCGCGGCGAGGGGAUAAACCAAGAACGAUACGAUCGCUGCGAGUUGAGACUGUCUGAUCAUCGCCCGGUGCGGGGAAUCUUCGCUGUCGAUGUUGAUGUGCCGAAGAGCUCUAGCUAGAACAAGCAUCCAUCCACAUUUUGAGGAGGAAGCAUAGAGGAUUUAGCUGAUAGAAACAAACUGGAAAUUCUUAUGUAAAGGACUUUCUGUAAAUAUAGAAAAUAGUAUCGAAAGAAUAAUGAUGACAAUCUUAUUAUUUUUAUUUCUUCCCCGAAUAAUAAUAAUAUUCAUUGUAGCAAGAGUUAGGAAUGUGAAUUAACAAAAAAAAAAAAUGAUAACAAGUUUCUUCCAA